GGAGCUCUCAGGGUCUUGGCUUGGUUUGGUUUCCGCCUCAGGCUGUAGGUUUCGUUUCUGAGUAAGAGCUCCACCUCUCAGCUGCCUUCUUUAAAAACACUCACUUGUGCUGGUUCUCUAGCAGGGAUUCCAAAAUGGACUUGGGCACAAUUGUGGCAAUGGGAGCUGGAGCAGCUGGCGCUGUAGUAGCAGCUCCACUUGUGGUAUCAGCGUUGGGUUUCACUGCUGGAGGCAUCGCUGCAGGAUCCAUAGCUUCGUCGGUGAUGUCAGCAGCAGCUGUUGCUAACGGUGGGGGCGUAGUAGCAGGAGGUGCUGUUGCUGUCCUCCAGUCCGUCGGAGCUGCUGGACUUUCUGUUGCUGGCCAGGCCGUAGUGGCGGCUACAGGAGCAGCUGUGGCUGGAGCGGUUGAAUGCUUAACCUCUUCAUGUGGUUAAACAUUGAUUUAAACAAAACAAAUGGCAAAUACUAUUUGGGGGAGGGGGGUUGUCUAAUGUGCACUGUGUAGUCCUAAUAUAUAACUAAUAAAAUAGGUGCACUUAUAA